CUGAUGGCAACUUUUUUCAAAUUGUAUAUAUGAUCUGCUACCAGCCAAUCCAAAUCCGGCCCAACGCCGCAAAUAUACACGUGGUUCCUGCGUCGCCGCUUUCAGGCCCAGCGCGUUUUCGGACGCCUGUUCAAUUGAAGACAUGGUGUGGAGGGGGGCAUUAAUACAAAGGACGCUAAAGUGACAGGCCUGCGAGAAGAGGAGACGAUAACGACGGCACAUGUCACAUGCGGUGACAGAUCGCUGCUGCUGCUCUGAAGAAAAGACCCUGAUUUUGCAUGUACAACAGACAGGCAGCUGAGCAGCUGUACGCAAACAAGACGGAACCACAACUACCGAGAAGUGCGAGUAGCACAUACAUACCCGCCCCCCGUCCAUCCGUCGUCGACGAUAUCCACACUAUCGUGACGGGGCCCCUGAUAAACCCCAUACAGUUACGCCAUCAAGUGGAACGACCGUGCGCUCCUGGAAAAGUGCACGAAUACGGAACAGGUAUUUGCGGGAGGAUGAGCAGCUUUAUCAUCACUAGUGACAAGGGGUGACAAGGGAAAU